AUGGGAAAUUAUACUGUUAAUAAUGUUGACAGCUUUAUAAUCACUGGAUUUGAUCACCUGCAGAACCAAAAGCUGCUUGGAUCUCUCAUCUUGAUAACCUACAUACUCGUACUGCUUGGGAAUGGCAUCAAUCUGUGUGUCAUCUCGACUAACAGACAUUUACACAAACCAAUGUACAUAUUAAUCUGUAAUCUAGCUGUUGUUGAUGUAAUGUAUUCAUCGACCUGCAGCACAACCAUGAUCUCAGUGCUGCUGGCUGAUGUUAAAACUGUUUCAUACUACUCUUGUAUCUCCAGGAUGUUCUUCUAUCAUAUUGGUGAUUUCACAGAGUGUAUGGCUCUGACAUUAAUGGCAAUAGACAGACUUAUCGCCAUCAGGCUUCCAUUAAGAUACCACAGCAUUGUCACUAAUUCAAGGACAUUUCUUUUCAUUGUACUGACUUGGGUGAUUGCAAUCGCUUUAAUGGGUGUCUUGACAUCAGCAGUAGACAAUGCCCCAUACUGUCAGCCUGUCAUCAAGUAUGUGUUCUGUGAUUAUCCUUCCAUGAUCAGAGCUGCUUGUGUUAAUCCUGAGCCAUACUUUUUCCUGCCUGCAAUGAUUAAUCUGUGGUGGUUCUGUGGACUGUUUCCUUUUGUUAUGUGCACGUAUGCUGUUCUGGCAUAUAGUGUGACUAAACUCUCCAAUAAUUCAAGCAGAAAGCAAAUGAUCAACACUUGCUUGAGUCACCUUGUUGUCCUGCUCAGUUACUAUGCACCGAAAAUAGUUUCUGCAUUACUCACUCGAAUAGGAGUUGUGUUGACUUUGACAGAGAGAAAUGCAAUACUGAUUAUUUCAUCGCUUAUUCCUCCAUUAAUCAACCCCACUGUUUAUUGCACCAGGACUAAAGAGAUCAGGAAACGGUUAGCAGAUGUAUUUUUACACAGAAAAGUUGCACCAAAUAAUUUAAAGGUUUUAGCAUAA